CGCCACUCCUUUCUGUCCUGGAUUUGGAAACUCGAAGAUUGUUCCGAUGGUCCUACGCCGUCGGUCCGAGCCGCUGAGCGGAUGAAAAUCAAAGUGUCGUCUUCCUACGGUUCCGGUGACUGCAUCGCAAAUGGAAAUGACACACCUGUACCGAUAGUGCUACUGCUAGUGCCGUAGUGGUGACCUGGUGACAUGCGAGCUGUGGGGACGCGCCGCUUCCGUCAUGCGGAGCUUGGGCGGAACUCGACCGAUGUCCGGCAGCAGCGGGCGGCGAAAUGACGAAUCAGAGAAAUCGUUGCUGGACACGGCGAACGACGACGACGAGGACGAAGCGGUCGCUGUUGGCAUAUCUGCAACAAGGCGAAUCACUAUUCUGGUUACACUGGCUGCAGCAACGAUCGGCGGAUCUCUCUCAUCUAUGCAAGCUUUCUACACCACAGCAGCCCUGGACAAGAAUCCCGGUGCAGGUCCCGGUUAUCACACAGCUAUUGGUGGAGUGUACAGUGUUUUCAUGGUGGCAGGAGCCCUCGCUCUUCCGAUGUUGACCAAAGAUCUACCCAAUAUCGGUAGUAAAAAUCUGAUUGUACUCAGCCACUUCAUCACAGGAUCGUCACUUCUGGUAUUCGCCAGUAUCACCACCAUCACCGACUGGCGAGUGUUUAUAUUUUACUCGUACUGCGUGCGGAUUUUGCUCGGCGUGGCAUUUGCAAUGUCCACGUUUCCCGUAAUGACCUAUCUGAUUGCCAUGUACCCGGCAAAUCUGGGCUUUGUCAAUGCCUUUCAGAUAACGUUUCUCGGGAUCGGGCAUGUCAGCGGCGUUAUGUUCGGCGGUGGAUUCUACGACAUUGGAGGCUUCGAAGCGCCGUUCCUGUUCGGUGGUACGGUAAAUGUGAUUUGCAGUGUGAUACUGUUCGUGAUACUAAUCGAUAUCGACACAGUGCACACGGGCCAGAACGGUUCUGAGGACGUGAAAGUGCAUCUGGAGGGUAUCGGUGUGGGAGAUCCUAUAGAGCUACGUGUCGCUGUGGCCAGCCUAUCGCGCUUCUCUCUAAGUAUUGGCUACGGACUUGGGUCCGUGAUAUUCACGUCAAUGGUGGCUCUCCUCGGCUUCCCCCUGGCUAUGACGGCCAUUGGUCUAGUGUAUGCGGGAUUGGCUGUUCUGAUGCUGCCACUAUCCUGGCUGCAUCAUGUUGCUCUAAAGCCUACACACAAACAAACAGACACUAUGAACACUGACUCCGCCGAUGAAGACCUGUAGACAAAAUUUCACAACAUUCAUUGGGUUUUGACUUGAUAGGGUUUUUCCUGGCAUAUUUUUUGUCUCAUGAAGUAUCCAUUGAGUUCAAUGUCAGUAGGACUUCAUUUUUCAUGACUUCUUAUCAAUCUAGGUAGAGUCUUGCUAUCCUUUAUGCACAUGCAAUGUAUCAGUUUAUUUUUAUUGACAAGUGCUGUUCACCAAACUUUAAUGUGCACAUCGAUGAUAGAUUAUUUAGCGCCAUAAGUCUGUAGUAUAUGUACAUGGAUGUACGCAGUCAUCGGUCUAGAAAAACAAAGCGAAAAUUUCCAAACUAAACCGGUUUUCAUUCCCUUUUCACUGAA